UCCAGAGAGUCAAAGAGACAAGUCAACCCCAACUCACAGUCGAGUUUCUCCCUUCCCGCUCGCCACUCCUCCUCCUCAUCCUCCUCAUCCUUAUCAUUUUCUGCCGGCUGCGACUCGCGUGGAGCAGCAGCAGCAGCGGCGGCAGCAGCGGUCUCACCGGAUCUCGGUCAUUCCCGGAGCCGCUGGCGAGCCACCGUCACCCCGCUCCUCUUCUACCGCAUCUCCGCGGGCGAGUCAGCGACUCCCACAGGUGUGUCGCGGUUCCAGGAAGCACACCUGGACGGGAUCAUGUGACUCGGUACCUGGGCGUGGAAGGAAGGAACAUUCCCUGCAAUCGCUAGUCCAAACACGCGAGCGACUUUUCUCCCUCCGUCAUUCUCCUUCCUAGUCGCUUGCAUUUUUCGAUUCUUUCUUUGUAAAGGAAUUAGUGCCUUUUUUGCAGAAGCCCACAACGAGGAGGAACAUGUGAAGAGACUUGUGGACUUUUUUUUUUUUUUGGAUCGCUUUUGGAGCGCGGAACCUUCUUCCCGUCUCCGAGAAAACCUUAAUGAAGCCGGGGGUCAGUGGCAGCGUCCAGCUAAUUGGAGCGUGUUUGCCCGAAGCUCCGACUGCCGGUGAUUGAAGUGUCAAGUGAGGGUUGGGACCCGACGUCGGCCUCUCCCCGCAUUUUUUGGGGGGAUAGAGGAAACUGACGCAGAGGAAGAAAAAAAACCCCGGAGCGUCGCAGCAAAGCGGAGACUGUGGAGUCCGACGCCGCAUCAUCCAGAGCUGAGGCUCAGCAACGGGGUCCAACAAAGGGAUUGGCUCACUUGUUGCCGCCGCUGCCUCGGCCAUUUUAAAUGACUCCACGCUAGGAUAUUGGUCGUUUAUCAAGUGUCUGAGAUGGCAAGCCGGGUCUACCUCCUCCUCUUCCUCGCUUGCCAGUCGACAUUCGCCUCCCAGGAGGGUUUCCCCGAAUUCAUCUCGGACACCCCCAUCAACAACACGGUGCAGGACCCGCGCACUGGCCGCGUGUACCUGGGCGCCGUCAACGCCGUCUACCAGCUGGGGCCGUCGCUGCGACUCGAAGCCCGGGCGGAGACGGGCCCCCGCAAGGACGCCAGGACCUGCACGCCGCCGGCUUCGGCCUGCCAGGACACUAAGCUCAUGGCCAACAUCAACAAGCUGCUGCUGGUGCACCCGUCCAACGGCUCGCUCAUCGUCUGCGGUAGCCGUUACCGGGGCAUCUGCUCCCUGCUGAACCUGUCCAACGUGGAGCAGGAGCUCUACUACAGCGACAACAAGGGCGAGCGGACUUACGUGGCCAGCAUCGAGGACAACGUCAACGUGGUGGGCGUCAUGUCCACCUUCGUCAAGGAUGCGCACAAGUUUGACGUGUUCCUGGUGGGCAAAGGCUACGGAAGUCUGGACAGCACUAAGAUCAUCACCACGCGCAUUCUGCAGGAUUUCCGCGACUGGGUGGUGUUCGAGAGCAUCAUCGAGGCCUCCACCAUCCAGACCAUGCCCUUCGGGCCCAGGUACCUGCACGACUUCAGGCACGCCUUCGCCGCCGACGGCUUCGUUUACUUCGUCUUCUCCCGGACGCUGGACGGUACCGAUAACAAAAACGUGACCUUUGUGUCUCGCCUGUGCGAGAACGACCACCAUUUGUAUUCCCACACGGAGCUGCAGCUCAUGUGCGGUCAGGACAACCGCUUCAGCAAAGUCCAAGCGGCCUAUGUGGCCUCGCCAGGCAAGGAGUUGAGUCGGGUCAUGACGGAAUGGGGCACGUACGGGAAAGUCCAGCCCUGGAAUAAAGUUCUCUUCAUGGUGGCCAGCUCGGAAGACGACCACAGCGACUCGGCUUUGUGCGUGUACACGCUCAACGCCAUCAACGAGCGUCUGGUGGACAUCAUCACCGCCUGCUACAGCGACUCGGGGAAAAUUUCAGGGUUUCCCGCCGUGGACAUCCCGUAUUCCUCAAAGACAGCAGAGUUCUGCACGUCCAAGAUUGCGAAAGACAUGUUGGAGCAGUACAAGUGCGGCGGCGAUUUCCUGCCAACGCCUCUAGCCAGCAAGCCUCGCUUCGCCUUGAAAUCCAACGCCGUGUUGAUCAAGCCGGGCCUUCUCACUGCGGUCGCCGUUGCCGUGGAGAACGAUCACACCAUCGCCUUUUUGGGCAACAGCCAGGGAGAAGUCUUCAAGGCUCACCUGACCUUCCCGUCGUACGUAUACGGAAAGGCCCCCGGCGACACCUUGGGGGAGAAGGUGAACAAGAACCUUUUCUUCGAUAUGGACCAGAGCCACCUCUACAUCACCACAGACAAAAAGAUCACCAAGGUGCCCGUGGAGUCGUGCCUGCAGAAGAAGGACUGCCAGUCUUGCGUCAAUAUGAGGGACCCUUAUUGUGGCUGGUGUGUGCUGGAGGGCAGGUGCACCAGGAGGUCUGAGUGCCGGCGGGCAGAGGAGAAGAAUGGCUGGCUGUGGAGCCCGCGGCAGCAAUGUGUCAAGAUCGUCUACUUCUACCCUUCCAACCUUUCGUGCAAAAAGACCCAGAAGGUGAAGAUCAAUAUUUCCUCCCUGCCCGCCAUCGGCCCCUCGGACCGCCUGCGGUGCUCCUUCAAGACGUUCCACAGCGACGGCGUCAUGUCCGACUCGGGUCAGGUCACGUGCGACCUGCCGCCGCCGUGGCUCAUCCCGCACACCAGCGGGCACCGAGAUUUUGUUGCCGUGCCGGUGAAGAUCUUCGUCAACGAGACGGUGGAGUUGGCUACACGCGACUAUCAGUUCUACAACUGCGCCGCCACCGUCAUGAAGUCGGAAAACACGCCGUGCAUGUCAUGCGUGGCCAGUCCGUGGGGUUGCCAGUGGAACACGCACAACCACGCCUGCACCGAUUUGGACGACAGCGCCCCGUCCCCUAGCAUCAUCAAAGACCGAAAGGGAGGAAAGUGUCCUCAGUUUGAGAAUCCCGACCCCAUGCUGAUCCCGGUGGGCUACAAGCAGUCAAUCGGCUUCCAGGGCAUCAAUUUGGACCUUUACCAGGGUCGGGUUUUCACCAUCGGCACGGAGCUCAUGAAUGUGGAAGAAGUCAUCUCUGAGGACGGACCUUUUUACACUUUCAGUGGAUUCAACUUUUCCUACGAUGAAUCACCGGAGACAAACGUUGUUCUUUACGUGAAGGACAAGGAGCUUGGCAAGAAGAUGGACAGCACAUUAAACGUCACCUUGUACAACUGCUCGGUGGGACGAGAGGACUGCAGUCUGUGUAAGAACGCCGACCUGAAUUACAGAUGCGUGUGGUGCGCCAGGCACAAGGCGUGCGUGUACGACCGGCUGUGCAUGCCCGACCAGCACGACGCCGAGGACCCUCGCGAGGCCGAGUGUCCCGCCCCCCAGAUCACGGACAUCAUCCCUCGUUUUGGCCCUUUGCAAGGGGGCAUCGCCAUCACCAUUCGCGGUUCCAACCUUGGAAUCCACAAGGAAGACAUUCAACACAUCACCGUGGUCGGCGAGCCCUGCAUUCACCAGGAGGAUAAAUAUUCCGUCUCCACCAGUGUGGUGUGCGAGAUCAGCCCGGUGGCCCUCAACAAGCAAUUCUGGGGCCAAGUGGACGUGGAGGUGAAAGGCGGAAAGAAAGGAACCUCCUCCAUGUUCUUCACUUACCGGAACCCCAUCCCCGAGGAGGUGACGCCCAGUCGUGGGCCCAAAGCCGGAGGUACCCUCAUCACGAUCAAGGGCCGCUUUUUGGAGACGGGCAGUAAAGAUGACAUCCAGGUUACCGUCGGCGACGUGGGCUGUGCUGUGGAGCACUUUGGUGAAGAAAUCACCUGCAGAACGGGGAAGUAUCUGGCUGAUAAGGUGCCCUCUGACCUGCUGGCUGUCACAGUGAAGUACGGGAAGGUUGCCGUCACACACAUCGGCAGUGCCUUCCAGUUCUUGGAAAACCCCAACGUGCAGGAAUUCCAGCCAAAAGCCAGCUUUGUCUGCGGCGGGAGAAACAUCGUGGUGACUGGCUCGAAUUUCGACAUCAUCCAGAGAGCUGUCAUGAUGGUCCAGGGAGAAGACAACUCCACAUCAUUUGAGGUCGCCCACGAGAAAAACGACACGGUCAUCCAGUUCCGCUCGCCGCCGGUCAACGACUCCCUGGGUCACGUCGUCAGGACGUACAUCAAGCUGGACAACUGGGAGAGGGACCUGAGGAACUUCGACUACCACCCGGACCCGGUUUUCUACGAACUGCCUAAAAAGAUUUUCACCGAGGCCAGCAUCAUCAUCGUCACCGGUCGAGGUUUCUCCAAAGCCAUGACGUCCAAAGAGGCUCAGGCCUUCGUGGGUGACGUUCCCUGUCUGGUUAACACUCUUCAGGACGACAAGCUGUUCCUGGACCCGCCCCCCACCAAGCCUCGCGCUCGAUCCCGGAGACACCGCCGAGACACUCGGGCAGAGUUGUUGGAUCUCAUGAUCAAAUUUGGCAAAGGGGAGUGGGUGGUGGGCUCGGUGCAGUACGAGACCAAGAACGAUUUGUCGCUCUACAUCAUCAUCCCCGCCGUCAUCGUGCCCAUGUUGCUUAUCAUCGCCAUCUCCGUCUACUGCUACAGGAGGAAGAGUCAACAGGCCGAGAGGGAGUACGAGAAGGUGAAGCACCAGCUGGAGAACCUGGAGGAGAGCGUGCGAGAUCGUUGCAAGAAAGAGUUCACAGAUCUGAUGAUCGAAAUGGAGGACCACUCCAGUGAACUGAGCGAGGGCCGCAUUCCUUUGCUGGACUACAAGACGUACACGGACCGCGUCUUCUUCUUGCCCUCCAAAGACGGCGCCAACGACGUGAUGAUCACGGGCAAGAUGGACAUCCCUGAGGCUCGGCGGGCCGCCAUCAUGCAGGCGCUCAACCAGUUCUCCAACCUCCUCAACUCCAAGACCUUCCUCAUCAAUUUUAUCCGCACCCUGGAGCGCAGUAACGACUUCAACGCCAGGGCCAAAGUGUAUUUCGCCUCCCUGUUGACCGUGGCUCUGCACGGCAAGCUGGAGUACUACACGGACAUCAUGCGCACGCUCUUGCUGGAGCUCAUGGAGGAAUACGUGCACAGCAAAAAUCCCAAACUCAUGCUGCGUCGAUCUGAGACGGUGGUGGAAAGGAUGCUGUCCAACUGGAUGUCCAUCUGCCUUUACCAGUUCUUGAAGGACUCGGCGGGCGAGCCUUUAUACAAACUAUUCCGAGCCAUCAAGCACCAGAUCGAGAAAGGACCCGUCGACGCCCGAUUGAAGAAAGCAAAGUACACCCUCAACGACACGGGCCUGCUGGGCGAUGACGUGGAGUACUCUGUGCGGACACUGCAAGUGCUGGUGUCCGGCGAGGGUCCCGAUCUAACUCCCGUCAAGGUUCUGACCUGCGACACCAUUUCGCAGGUGAAGGAAAAGAUCAUCGAGCAGGUUUACAGGAACCUGCCCUACUCGACGCGGCCUAAGGUGGACAGCGUCACGCUGGAGUGGCGUCCGGGCUCCACAGGCCAGAUUCUGUCCGAUUUGGACUUGACCUCCCAGAAAGAGGGCAGAUGGAAACGCGUCAACACACUGGCUCACUACAACGUUUGCGACCACGCCACCAUAGUCUUGUCACGGGUUCUCCACACUCAGCAGAACUUCGAGCAGAACCAGGAUAACCACGAGGAGCGAAACGCUCUGUUGGAUGACGACAAGGUGUUUCACCUGGUGAGGCCCACCGACGAACUGGAUGAGAUCAAGUCCAAACGGGGCAGCAUAAAGGACAAGUCCAUGACCAAAGCCAUCACCGAGAUUUAUCUCACCCGACUGCUCUCAGUCAAGGGAACGUUGCAGCAGUUUGUGGAUGAUUUCUUCCGCAGCGUGCUGUGCUCCGGGGCCGUGGUGCCACCGGCGGUCAAAUACUUUUUUGACUUCUUGGACGAGCAGGCGCUGAAGCACAAUAAUGUGGAUGAAGAGACGAUACACAUCUGGAAGACCAACAGCCUGCCUCUGCGCUUCUGGGUGAACAUCCUGAAGAACCCGCACUUCAUCUUUGACGUGCACGUGUCGGAAGUGGUGGACGCCUCGCUCUCCGUCAUCGCGCAGACCUUCAUGGACGCCUGCACCAAGACCGAGCACAAGCUCAGUCGGGACUCCCCGAGUAACAAACUUCUCUAUGCAAAGGAGAUCUCGACCUACAAGAAGAUGGUGGAUGACUAUUACAAGGGCAUCAGACAGAUGGUCCCCGUCAGUGACCAGGAUAUGAACACUCAUCUGGCAGAGGUCUCGCGGUCUCACACGGAUAAGCUGAACACACAAGUGGCUCUCCAUCAGCUGUACCGGUACGCCAGCAAGUACUACGACGGGAUCAUCUCAUCCCUGGACGAGGACCCGGCGGCGCAGAAUAAGCAGCUGACCUCGCGGCUCCAGCACAUAGCAGCCACCCUGGAAAACAAAGUGACGGAUCUCUAACGGGCAGACGGAGACGGGCGGGAUAAUCGGCGGGAUCCUGCCAGUGACUACAGGGGCUUAUUUCUUCUUGUUUUCCGCUUGAUAAAUCACAGCGAGACGGGAGAGGCGUGCGUUAUUGCCCUGGGACAAUAUUCUAAUAAUAAUAACGUUCUCCCGUGUGGUGUAUCAUUGAAAUGCAUACGGAGAGCAAAGCGAGUUGAUGAUGUGUUACACUGUCGAGAAAGGCAGGAAACAAAACAAAAAAAAAAGGUACGCCUUAAAGCUCACUUGCCAAACCUCAAGCACGCAUCACGGGAAAUGUCGAAAGAGAGAAAAGUAAGCCCCUGUGGCAGGAGAUAAUCAGAUGUUCAAUUUCUUUUCCUUCUGAGAAUUGUACAAUCUAUUUUUUUUAAUCUGUCUUUAUCGCCGGAAAAAAAAAAAAGCUUUAUAAGGAAACACACAUACACACAAAUUAUCUUUUUAAAUGGAUCACCCGGUGGUGCGGAUCGUGUUUUUAUUCUUACACGUGGUUGGAGAGCGGCUGAUUUUCAACGCGUGAAAAGCGGAUGCCUAAAGUCGAGCGUGAGGGCCGAGUGGCGCCCGCUUCCUGUCAAUAGACCCCACCCCUUCUCCUGAAGCCCCGCCCCCUCCACCUUGACAGGAGCCCGCGCCCCCACUUUGACUGAGACCAAAGGGUCCUCACACAAGGACAAUGUACAGGCUCGUGUGAAUGACGACUCAGCAAGAUAUAUUUUUGAAUUAUUUUUGAAGCCGUGCGUGCUUUGUGGAAGCUGCUGACAGACAGCGCUGUCAGUCUGUCUCCCUUUAGUGUUCGGUGCCAUGGUACAUUCCACUUCAAAAAACAAAGCACAGAAGAACAUUUCAACGUCUUUUUUCCCCCCCUUUUCCUUAAUAUUUUUGUUUUGCUGCUAUCUUACCGUUUUCAUUCACAUCAGCCCUGCGAUGAGCUGCCCUCAAAUCUCAUCAGCUCACAAACAUCACCAGAAUUUAAUAGGGGGUGGAAAAAAAUGAAUUUUCAUUAUUCACUAGUAGUAAGGUCAAAAAUCCAAUUGCAACAAAUCACAUCAUGUCGCGUAUCAAAUUAAAGGUCUUGGUAAAGGCUUCCCACAUCUGUAAUUAUUUUGUCAAUACGCUCUUGUGUAAUGACAUAAUAAGCAUUUUAUUUAGUUUGAAAAGGUCACCUGCUAAAUUCUGGUGACAAGAAGCUGAUUAAACUCAUCCGCCUAUAGAAGCAGUUCAGCAAUAGAAUAAUAGUCAAGAUGUUUGCAUUAGAUUAGUAUUAUUAAGAUGCUCCUGUGCCAUUCAUCUUUUUUUUUGUAUGUAUAUCUGUUGUCCAAAUAUUCAUCAAGCAUCCUGCCUCUUGAAGCUAUAUAAUAGCCCUUUGCUGAUUGCUGUCAAUCAUCUGCCAGAAGGAUGCAGAUGCUCCUCAAGCGGUACAUCUCGAACAAAAAUGGCUUGUAUAUAUUCGUUAGACUUUUUUUUUGUGUGUGUGGAAGCAGGGUGGGGGGAGCGAGUACCGGUGACGUUUCAUCAUCUGGAAAAUGGAUGAUGUCAUUGUAGGAGUGUGUAGCAUGAUUAUGAUGAGCGCCCGACCUUGUGUCUAGUCACCUUUCAAUGGUCAUGUUGGAACCUUACCGUGGUUGUGUGUAGCUGUGGAGAAUAACAAACUCCAGAGAGAACCCCCCCCUAGAAUGUUAAACCCUGCCUUUGCGAGGGAGGGGGAGGAGGGGGGGUGCACGGACCUCAAGCCUACCUGUCCCGCCUUGCACGCCCUGACAUCUAGAACACGACAGCACUUGGCCCCGCCCACCCAGCUGAGCCUACCUAACGGCAUCAGCCCUGGGGACCCGGGCCGGGCGGUUCUCUUGACUCCUCUCACUGGCAGAGUCGAUGCAAGAAGCUUCUUUCAGAGCCUUUCUUUGACCAAAAAUGUGCCUUAUUGAAUAGGAUGAUACAUAUAAUGUUUCUAAAUUAUUCUCUCGGUAAUCUAUGAUGACGAUAGUGCUAUAGACACAGCAAUGUAUUUGGACUUGUGAUAUUGUGUGUGCUGUCUAAAAUGCUUUAGAUGCCCUGCUGCAGCCGAGUGUGUGUGUGUGUGUGUGCGUGUGUGUGCCAAUUAGGGGUGGGAAUCGCAAUAUUUUACUGAUACAGCAAGAAUUCUGAUAUUGCAGUGGUUCUCAAACUGUUUACAUCCAGUAGCAACAAAACUGAGGUUAAUUUCUUGAAAGUGGAUUUUAUAUUAUUGUAACACGCUGUAUAGGAAAUGGAUCAAAACUGUAUUUAAUUAUGAUUUACUUCAAGAUUAUUUGAUGUCAAAUUGAAAUCCUAAUUAUUGAUGGGCGAAUACCGACUGGGUAUCGGACCGAUACCGGCCUUAUUUGAAGGUGUUGAGUCAUUUUGGAGCCUGUCGAUACCAGACACCGAUACUAAAGGCAAAUUAAAUGUAUAACGUAAAGUCCUCCUUGGCAGUAGUUGGCGCUAUACCCCAGCAAUUUUCAAACAUCAUCACAAAAUUGUAUUUAUCAAAAGUACUAGAGUAUCGGUGAGUACUCAAAUAGUGACUACUCGGACUGGUAUCGGUUUAAAAAAGUAAUGAACCGUAUGUAACUACCAUACUUUGAGAAUCACUGCAUAUUGGAGGAAAAGGUACAUCAUCGUAUCUAUGUGAUGUUUAUACCGAUCUGAUAUCGGACUGUAUCGCCAUUUUAAUGCUGGUAUUAAUCUCGUAUCCCACCCCGACUGCCAAUAGGCUGAAAACAUUUCAUAGUGAUCUUUUUUUAUAUAUAUCUAUAUAUUGAUGGUCGCAGUGUUGAUAAGUGUGCAUUUCUUUUGGGUGUCUGUGGUGUGAGCUUUGUAGGCAAAAAAAAAAAGCCAAAUAUUUUUUCCCCAUUCAAAUGUUUAACAUUCCUAAAUAAGACAAGUGGGGUGCAGGUGGGCGGGUUUUUUUUCUUCCGUAGUAGAGCGCAAAAUUGUUCCAGUGGUGUUGAUUUUUCCCACCCUGUGUUUUCUUAGCUAUUCCACGGUGUGUGCGAUAAAUGACUUAUACCUAUAUUCCACAAAAUGACUUUUCUUACUGCUGUGCAGUUAUUUUCUUUUUAUGAUUUCUCGUUUCCUAUACCGUAUCAAUCUUUGUAAAACAUGUUGAAAUACUGUAUUCUGACUGUAUACUCCUAUGCAUUGAGUCGUGGAAGAAAAAAAAAAAAAAAAAGAAGAUGAAGCUGUUGUGUUGAGUCUUUAUUAUUAUUUUUUUUUAAGUCCAAUUGAAUGUGUUUUUAUUGUGGAUGACGUGCGGCAGUCAAAGUUGCUUCGGCUUUUGUAUCUGAUCUGCGUGUGUUAAUUUAAUUUAACCAGUGCGUGCGUGCUCGCGCAUGUGUGUGUGAAUGGGGAGCUCUUACACCCAGAUUUCAUCAUGCGCUCCUGUGUGAAUAAACUUGGAGGCCAAUAUGCCCUUCA